CCGCGGAGGGCAGCAGCGGACUCAAGACCGAAGUGGAGAGGAGGCUCGCGCGUAAAGAGGGAACGUAAAACCAAGGCUAUCCAUGAAGACACCUUUUCUUUUCUCUUUACAUCUCUUGUCGCAUCCAAUUUUUACUUCUCGCAUCUAUUAUCCCGCUACUCUGUUUAUCCCUUUUCCCCUUGAUAUGUGUUUAGGGUUCUAUCUUGUCCAGGGCUGUCGUUUCUUGUGGAAAAAGUUUGUUUUCGGUUCUGCUCCCAUCCUUGUCUCUGUUAUGGCAUUUAUGACAUUUCAUCCGCGAUUGUUGGGGCAGUGCGAAAACGAAUGGACGAACGAAAGCAAAAAUAAAGGGACCAGAAAGAGCAUGGCGUAUGGGAGUCAAUCUGGCUUUGUUCAGAGCGAUUGAAAAAAAGAGCUGUGCAAAAUGGGAAGAGCAAGGGU